AUGAUCAUCACGCGCGCCCUCUCCAUCACCAACUUUGUUGUCGCCAGCUCAGCGCUCAGCUUCCAGGUCGGUGUGCUGUACCCAUGGCACAAGCAGCUGGAUGACGAUUUCGAAGCCCUCAAGAGAGAGCAUCUUCGCGUCCUGACCGCAGUCGAGGGCAAGAUCGGUCGAACACAAGAACCUGCCCUUCUUGAAGAGAACCGACCGGGCAUUCUGAGCAUGAUCGGAAACUUGGCGCCAUGGAAAGCCUGA